AAUGAGCAUAUACGUAAACAUGUAUGUCCUUCAUAUAUAUGUCUUAACAAUAUUUUCUAUUUUCUAGUUAUUGAAUAUUAUUUUUAAUGAGCAUACACAUAAACAUAUAUGUCCUUAACAUCGACCAUCACAAAAUUUCGUAUUUUAAAGUGAUUAGCAACUAGUUUUAAUCCGCAUAGGGGUGAGUAUCUAUCUCCUUUAUAUAUACCAAAACAUAUAAUUCACCAAUUUUUAGCAAUACACGAUCAACUUACGGCACUUAAACACUACUGAAAGCAGACGAAACAUCGAAACUAUAUUGAUUUUGAUGGAAGCCAAUAAUUUACAUGCUAAAAGUAAAUUCUUCUUUGUUAAUAUUUUCGUACAUUAAGGGUGUGAGUGAGGGUGUGGUGUCUUAUUGAAUAUAAUAAAGAAAACCUAAAAUAUCAUUUCCAUUUUAUUCAGUUAGUUCAAUAUAUAUAUAUUUAAUAGUUUAUUUUAAUUCAAUUAAUAAAUAUUUUAUUUAGUGUUAUAUUGGUUUAUUAUGUCGUUUAUGCUAUAUAAUUCAAACAAUUGAUGGACAUUGUUGUACAGUGGCUGAAGGUGUACUUGAUCCAUCAUUAGUUGAAUUAUUUUCAUCAAUUAUUGAAGAAACAACAGUUAUGAAUUCUGUUCGUACACAAGUACCGCAAGCAGAAAAUAUUCGUGCUGUUAUUUUAAUAAAUGAAAUAAAUAAUAAACUAUAUCUUGAUUAUCCAAUAAUAUUUAAUAAUAUAACAGUAAUUUAUUGGCAACAUUGGAGUACUGAAAUACUUGUACAAAAUGGUCUUUAUCAUUUAAAAAUUUUAAUAACGUAUUUUAUUUUAAUUAUACAUAUAAAAAAUGUUUUUCUUUCAAUUCAACAAAACAAAGAUGUUCAAUGGUUGAAUAAAAAUACAAGUGAAAAUACAGCUCAUCUUCUUGCAUCAAUGCAUCUUUCAUUUCGACAAGCAAAUUAA